CAUAUUGACUAUGACGCGUUGAAGUUCAUUCUUUUUUUUCAGAAAAAAAAAUUAAACCCUUUAUUUUUUUUUUUUCGUCGAUCAUCAUGGAGAACAAGACCAUCGAAAACACUCAAAAUGACACCCCAGACGAAAACAAACAACUCGUCGAAACAAACAAAACACUAGCCGUCUCUGAAGAGUUUGAAGACGACGAUGCUGAUUUCUAUUACGAGGUAGAAGAGAUUGUUCAAAUGUACAUCACAGACACAGGUGUACGCAUGUUUGAAAUCAAAUGGAAAAAUUAUGGACGAGAAGGAGAGAAAAAAAUAGAAGACACAACCAACCGAAAGAAACAGAAACCAAAAGAAUCAUCUAGGCAACAGCCAGGGGAAUCAAGUCAUCCGAAAGGAAAAGACAAGAGCCCUAUCCUUGUAGAAGUACAUGAAAAAAUUGAAGAAGAACCGGAUAAGAAGGGGAAAAAAAAGAAAAAGACAAAAGAGGAACGAAGACGAGAAUUGUUGGAAGAAAGUCAUGACUUGCAAGCGAUGGAAGAGACAAAUCGAAAGCGAAAAGCCAUGGCAGAAGACAAAAAGAAAAAGGAUUUGUUUGACAGACAGGAUGAACAGGCUAAGAAAAAGAAAAAGAAACAGGAUACGUUUGUUGUGCAUGCUGUCAAGGGAGAACCUGGUAACAAAAAAAGAACAGACGUUCAUCCUAAAGACACACAAGAUGAAGACACAACCACAAAGCGCAGAAAACUAGAGGAAGAAGCUAAAAACAAGAAUGAAGAACCAAAGUCAAAUGGUCCUCAGACAAAUGGAACUACGCCUACUGAAAAAGCAUUGCCAAAGAGAGCAUUGACCAUCAUAGGUUCCUCAGAGCAUAAACUGCCCUCAGAAUCCUCCAGCACUAAAUCUCUGACAAGUAAUCACGCCAAAGCAGCCAAACCAAAAUUAGGAAUUUCCAAAGACUAUAAACCUUCGUUUACUAAUCUCAAACGACCUAUUUCCUUGUCGAAUCCUGUAUCCAGUAACUUUACUGAUAUAGAGAAAGAACUGGACAUUACAGAAAUUUUGAGACAAUCUGUAGGAGGCAAAUUACCGUCCAUACCUAAAUUUACAGCUACACAAAGGUUAACGAAUCAAGCCAAAUCACCUUCUUCUCCUACGCAAAGAGAACCUGAUCCAUCUGACACGGUACAAAAACAGUCCAAUUUCAAUGCAACUACUUUUACUUCCGAACCCGUCACUCAACCUUCUUCCAACACGCCUUCCGUUUCAUCACCUUCUUCUCCUUCUAUGAGCCAACGUUCGUCUUCACCUCCUUCGACCACUCCUCGUCCUGCUGAUCAGAAUCCGCGAUCAAGACCGAAUGAGCCAGAAGCAUUGCCGAUGCGACGACAGACUUCGAGACCCGAUCCUCGUCUGAUUGCAGACAAUCAACGUAAAUUGCGUAUUCAGAAUUCAACAGCAUUUCCUACACGCUUUACAGCAAACUAUGUUCUCAAAAAAGGAGAUAAACUCAUCUCUUCUGUUCAAAUAGAAGGCAAGCAGCAUUGCUAUCAUCAACUCAAAAUACAAAAGUUGAUUGAAAUAAGCGGUGAUGAUGCCCAUACAGUCAAGAUCAGUUCAUUUUUAUGUUUAAAGCGAUUGGAUGAAUUCUUGGUGGAUCGUCCUUUUAGUUUCUUACAUAUUACUGCUAAAGAUCGAUUGAUUGAGCUCAGUAAACUCAAGAGCUUUUUACAAGUGAAUGAAAUGGUGGGUGUUGUGAGCCAUAUAGAUGCCCCUACACAUGCAUUGGUUGUCUUGUCUGAAGCGGAUGCAAAGAAACUAAAAAACUUACCCAAGGAUAUUGACCUGGCAAGUUCUCCUUAUACACAGUUGUGUGCUAUCUUUAUAGAGCAUUUGCCUCCUAAACCAAAUGUUGAAUUCAAUGACCUUGAUUUACCUGACGAAGAAUUUACAUGGCUUCGUGUUGCCAACUAUCUGAAGUUUGAUAAAAGAUUAAUUGACUUGAGAAAAACCUCUAAAUUUCAUGUCUAUGGUCAAUCAGAUGCUGCUCAAUUAUUAAUGCGCGUAGUAAAUGGAAAUAAGGCUUACAAAAAACCAGCAACACCAGAUCCUUCUAAGCCAAUUUAUGUGAUGAUGUUUGAUCGUGCUAAUCAAGUAGCCUUCUCUCGUAAUCUGCUUAAACACAAAAGAGAACCUUCAACACAGAUAUGGGAAUUUGGUGCACCAGAUCUUUCUUAUCCAGACAUGAUACCUCCUAGCCCUAUUUUCCCUAUUAAUACAGGUGGUUUUGUGACAACAGACAUACAGAACAUGAUUGAUAAUCCUAGUAUUCUUGAAAAGAUAUCUGAAUCCAUUAGCAAGUUUAAUAGUUUUCCUGUAGUCUAUGGUGAAUGGAAAUUGAUCAUUCCUCAUAACUUCAUGUAUCAUUUUACCAGAGCCAUUCAAGACGGAGAAUCUGCCACUAGAGUACAAAAUUCGAUUGUUUCCAUCACUGUCGGUUUAAGUAAAGGAGACAUACAAGUCAUGCGUCUCUGGCCUGCUGAAAAUGAAAAUCUGGAUGCUGUGGAUUAUAUGGACAAGAUUUUACGCUACUAUUACAAGUCUUUUCAAUACUUUGUGAUGGUAGAUGAUGUGGGUUCUAUCUCGGAGGAGACAAAAGAAAAGCAUCGUGGCCUUGAUUUUAUCAAAAGUGAUGAUUUGUUCUCCACAUUUACUUAGGCUUAUUUUAUUUAUUAUACCUUUAUUUACAAGCAAUGAUAUAUGACAUGAUUAAGGAG